AUUCAAACAGGGAAGCAUGGUCGGAGAGAGCAGCAAACAGAGCUGCUGCGAGGCGGCGGGAGGGCGCGAUGGAGCCGUCUGAUGCUUGGGAUCCUUACAGCCGGCCGGCCCGCAGGACCCAGUGGCUGGUCAGCGCCCUGGCUUACCACUACGGCCUGGACCGGGGCGUGGAGAACGAGAUCAUCGUGCUGGCCACGGGCUUGGAUCAGUAUCUGCAGGAGAUCUUCCACCACUUGGAUUGCGAGGGCGAAGGCAAGAUCCCCGGCGAGGAUUUCCGGACGCUCUGCCAGGUGCUGGGGCUACAGGACCACGGCGAGGAAGAGGAAGAGGCAGCCACCGACCCGGAGGAGUGUGCUGGACUCUGCGAGAACCUUUCGGCGGACCUGACUUUCCGGCAGUUCCAUGCCAAGCUGUGCGGCUACUUCAGCACCAAGGCCGGCUGCCACGCACAGGGCCAGCAGGGCAUGGGGGUGGUGGCGAGGCUGCCGGUGGGCAAGGAGAGCGAGCACAUCGAGACCCAGAUCCGGCUCCGCAGCCCGCUCCGCCGCCGCAGGGAGAAGGCGACAAUGGGACCGGGGGCUCCCACGGCAAGGAAGAAGGGAGGCGGCGGCAGCGCCAAAGGGUCUUCCUCCUCUUCGCCACCUCCCUCUCCCCCCGGCUCAGAGUGCAGGCUCCCGCCGGGCUCGUGCUCCAGGGAGUGCUACGAAGAGAUCGUGGCGCUGGAGCAGGCGGAAGACCGGAUCGUCAAGCUGGAGGACGAAAACGCCAGCCUGCGCGAACUGGUGGAGGAUAUGAGGGCGGCUCUGCAAAGCAGCGACGCCAGGUGCUUGGCGCUGCAGGUAGGAUUGUGGAAGAGUCAUGCUAAUCAUAAGAAAAAUGGGACCUGUUUUAUAGGUAACCGAAGACUAUUAACUCACCAUCACUUCCAGACUUCCAAGUGCCUUCAGAGUGUUCUAAAGGAGGUUGAACUAAUCCGGAGUUCUAGAGAUGGCCAAAUCGAAGAAGCAAUUAGAUUUAAUGAAGAAUUAGAAGAGGAACUGAGGAGUGCUCAGGAAGCCUUGGUCACGCUGGAAGACUGCAACCGCAACCUAAAGAGGGAGCAAGCAGAAAUGAGGAAGAAGGUUGGAGAAGCGAGACACGCUGUCCUUCAUAGCCUUGGAAAAGUAAAAGAACUAGAAGCUAAGGCCAGUGAAGUGCCACAUUUGCAGAUAUAUAUCCAGCAGCUAGAAUCCGAACUGCAGCAUUCUAGGUCAGAAGUUUUGAAGCUCCAGCUUUCUUCACAGAGCAGCAUGGAGCAGAAGGCAAGCAGAGCUGUGGAUGUACGAUACCCAUCAGUUGUACAGCAAGACAGAAGUUCACCAACUGGUGGUGUAGGGAUAUCUGAGAAUGUGGAAGAUCAAAUGUUUCGCUCUGUGGAAGGCCAGGCUGCAUCUGAUGAAGAAGAAGAGAAAUGGGCAGGAGACCAGCAAUACCAGCUGGCUGAAGUGAAGAAACUGCUAGACAAACUCCCCUGUUGCAGUAGCGGAUGUGAUGACACAGUGAUGAAAAAGCUGAUGUCCUACUUUGGAAACACCAGUAGGGAUCACCACGAGAACACCAUUGUGGAACUGGUCAAGCAACUUUCCAAGAUAAAAGAACAGCUUGAGGUGAAAGGGCAGGAAGUGAAAAAACUGAAAAAAAAUAUGGAAGAGGGUGAAGAUUUAAUGGCCAGUGUGUUUGAAGCACAAGGAGCAGCAGAAUCACUGGAGGGUGCUCCACGUCACACUGAAGAAAACCACAUAUUUUUGAAGUCUUAGAUACCCUCUACCAUGAACUGACUGCCUGUGAACUCCUCCAAAGCAAGCCUCUUGAGAAAUCUCCAGGUCCCCAAUCCUUGACUAACCCUUUGGUUAUCUCCUGUUGAGCAACAGUGCCAUCUACAGUGCAUUGUAAUUAUUACCACCUACAAGGCUUAAAAGCUAGAACACAAAGCACAUGAGAUGUGCCGUCUAUGAGAUGUGACAACUGGAAUAGUAAAAGAAAGUGUAAACAUAGAAGGAGCCAUUUUCUACGGGGGCAAAUGAUUCAUGAUGACCAGGACUAUCCACUGUGACAGACUGUAGAUUGUGAGGCACCCAUCUUUCUAGGAUCUGGGACAUGAAUCACUCAGCCCUGCUCCAUGAACCUUUACUGGACAUGCCCGGAUUUCAGAUUUAGGAGUUUUUAUGGACACAACAUAUGUCUUACCACUGAGCAAUGUCUUCUCAUGCUGAAUCCUGAAAUUACAUAGAUACUUCUGAGAAGUUCUGUAAUUUCUCAUCUAAUUUCUAAGCAAGCCCUAUUUAGGAGACAGUUUACUUCUCGUGGGGAGCAUUAAAUGUGGUGCCUAAAGCCUCCAUGAUAUUGGUAUCAGAAAUGUACCAAUCCAUUGUAUUAAGAAUAUUCUGUACUAGCUUAACAGAGUCUGAUUAUAUUAGGAUGGCUUAGACUUCUCUCUUCUGUUUCAGUGUAGUAAUUUGUUUUCCUUUGAGCAUCUCGCUGGUGGGUGAAAAUCCGUGCUCUUAAUAUACAAAGAGACCAUGUUUACAUAAUAAAAAAUAUACAAAGCAAUGUAAGGUUAUACAGUAUAGCAACCCAUAAGGUAAAGGUAAAGUUGUGCUGUCGAGUCGGUGUCUACUCCUGGUGACCACAGAGCCAUGUGGUUUUCUUUAGUAGAAACAGGAAGGGUUUACCAUUGCCAUCUCCCACACAGUAUGAGAUGAUGCCUUUCAGCACCUUCCUAUAGCUCUAGGUUAUUGUCACUACCUUCUGUAUAGUAGUGACAGACUAUGUGCCGGAAAGCACAUGUUUGUCUGUGUCUGGAUGUAUGCUCAUAAACUAGAGAUGUGGGUUUUCUGGGGGCAGGAGGAGGGAUCCCCAUGCAAAUUCCUCUCUCAUUUGCAUAAAAGGUACAUAAAUUUUCCCCUCAAAAAAUGCACUAUACAAAUUUUCAUGCUGUCCUAAAUAGAUUGUGAUCUGAUUUGGCAUGUUAUUUAAUCUAUUUAUACAGUUUUAAAAAAACAAACAAACCCUCCACCAUAUUAAUUUCCCUUCACUGUAUCACAAACAUUUUUCAAGUAGCCAAAUAGAAAUUUAAAAAAUGAAUUUCCCCCCACAGAAAAAUGGGAAAAUUUUUCACUGAAAAAUUGCAACCCUACAUCUUUAUUGUAAAACAUGCAUCUUAUUUAAAUCCAGAGUUAUGUUUAUGUUAUUAUCCAACUGGAUAUAUUUGAAUUAUAGUCACUCUGCAAAUGUAAUUAUGCUUUGAUAGUCACACUUUUAAUUAUUGUCUUCAUUUAUUAUAAAUUUUAGAUUGCUAUAUCAAAUGCUACCUUUCUCAUUAUUAUUAUUAUUCUCAUUUAGAAUGUUUAUAUACAACUUUUCAAUUUUCAGAGCAGUCUACAUAGAAAAAGGAAUGAGAAUGUGGUUCUUCUCUGUCCCAAAAGGUCUCCUAGUCUAAAAAGAAACACAGACAGAUACCAGCAAUGGCCUCUGGAAAGAGGAUGUGCUGUGGUUGAACAGGGACUUAGGAAAUAAUGCCAAUGAUUAUGUUACUGGUUGUAUCUGGGUCAAUAGGAAGCCUGAAUUGGGAUGGGGAAAGUUUGUAGGAGAAUGACAGAGAUGGAUGGGCACUCUUAUAGCAGCUUUUGGGGUGUGAGAGUGCAACCUUCCAUUGCACCUCUCCUCAUGAACAUGCAAGACUCUGUGUGUGUGUGUGUGUGUGUGUGUGUGUGUGUGUGUGUGUGUGUGUGUGUGUGAGAGAGAGAGAGAGAGAGAGAGAGAGCGCUCUUGGCAAAAGUGAGAACACUUUUUCAUCUCUGUGCCAAAUGAGUUUUGUUCUGGGUGGAAGCAUCAAGGCAGUGUGUGCACACAUGCAUUCAGAGUGGGACCUUCCUGAUUCAACCUGAGAGGGAUCUAAAAUGAACUGAAUGGACAUAAACUUGUGAGUGCAUGCAUGUGUGUGCACUUUAGAGGGAACACUGGUGAUAAUCCCAGAGUUCCUUUCCCAAAGCCCCAUAAAACUUGGCUUUGCACUUGCAAGCACAGUUCACUGAAUAAAAGCUUGUAUAAUCUUCAGUUUA